GCUUCCAAGUUCCAACUACUUCCACUUCACCAUGGCCGCCCCUCUCUUCCUCCUCCUCCUCGUCUCCUCCGCCUCCGCGGGUUACGAGGAGCUUCUGCGGCGCGCGGAGGAGGAGCGGGAGUGGGUGGUGGGCGUGCGGCGCCGCAUCCACGCCCAUCCGGAGCUCGCAUUCCGGGAGCACCGCACCAGCGCCCUCGUCCGAGAGGAGCUGGAGCGGCUUGGCCUCAACGCCCGCGCGGUCGCAGGCACCGGCGUCGUCGCCGAAGUUGGCUCCGGCCUGCCACCUGUCGUCGCCCUCCGCGCCGACAUGGACGCCCUCCCCGUGCAGGAAUUAGUGGAGUGGGAACACAAGAGCAAAGUGGAUGGUGUGAUGCACGCUUGCGGACAUGAUGUGCACACUGCGAUGCUCCUGGGAGCUGCCAAGCUGCUUAAUGAGCGUAAGGAGCACAUCAAGGGUACCGUAAGACUCCUUUUCCAACCUGCCGAGGAAGGUGGUGCGGGUGCAUCUUAUAUGAUAAAAGAUGGUGUUCUUGAUGGGGUUGAAGCUAUAUUCGGAAUGCAUGUUGACUAUCGGAUGCCAACAGGUGUAAUAGCAGCUCAUGCAGGACCUACACAAGCUGCUGUAUGUUUUUAUGAAGCAAAAAUAGAAGGUAAAACAGGGAAAGCUGAAACUCCGCACUUAAAUGUGGAUCCUAUUGUUGCUGCAUCAUUUGUCAUCCUAUCCCUGCAGCAGCUUAUUUCAAGAGAAGAUGAUCCUCUUCACAGCCAAGUGCUCUCAGUUACCUAUGUCAAAGGUGGUAAUGCUAUUGAUGCCACACCUCCAGUUAUUGAAUUUGGGGGUACUUUGAGGAGCCUCACUACUGAAGGCUUAUAUCGUCUACAGAAAAGGGUCAAGGAGGUGGUCGAAGGGCAGGCAGCUGUGCAUAGAUGCAAGGGAACUGUCCAUAUGAAAGAUGAUGACUACCCGAUGUAUCCCGCAGUCUUUAAUGAUGAGAAACUGCAUCUCCACGUAGAAACUGUGGGCAGACGAUUACUUGGUCCAGACAAGGUAAAGCCCGGAGAGAAGAUUAUGGCAGGCGAAGACUUUGCUUUCUACCAACAGCUGGUUCCUGGAGUUAUGUUCGGCAUUGGUAUUAGAAAUGAGGAAGUUGGUUCUGUUCACACUGCUCACAACCCACAUUUCUUCGUUGAUGAGGAUGUCCUUCCAACUGGAGCUGCACUUCAUACUGCCCUUGCAGAAAUGUAUCUUACUGAACGCUCCUCAAUAGGUGAAGACGGAAGCCUGCAUUCGCAUUGAUACUCUCGUGUUGAACAAUGCUGAGUGUAUAAAUAUCCAAGAGAAUAAUCAUGCUUCCAGAAUCCAGAUAUAAUUUUAACUGGGUUCCAAGGGAAAAAAUUGGAAAAAUAGGCCUUCAAUCGUGGUGUUUCGCAGAUUUGUCACUAGACCCACAUUUCAUAGAUACAGAUGGACCCACGUGUCGUA